GUCUGUCUGACUACCUGCCUGCCUGACUGCCUGCAGUGUUAUAAUUUGCUUCUUGGUGUAAGAUUAAAACUGUUUAUGUUAUAUGCUCGUCUAGCGCUCCUUCCUUGAACCAGACCGCCCUAGUGUUUCCUAGUGACCGCCUUCCUGUGCUCGAUCCACUUCCAUGGACUUAACACCUCCACACAAGCAAAGCUUUUCAGGAAUGGCCCUCAAGAGAGUGUUACCACUUACAUCGAGUGGGUGCUGGUGUCGUGUGAUUCGUCAAUGACUGUUCAACAUGAGGACAGCGAAACCAGCCCCACUACAGAUCCAGAGCCCAGCCCAUCAAUUCACAGCGACGUGAAGCUACAGCCUGUGCCCACUGCUGACAAGGGAUCAAAGUCCGCUGGUUCCGUCCAGCUGUCAUGAGUCCCUGCCGCAAGGGCGCCCUCCAGAUACUGUUCCCCAAGGGAGCCCUCCAGUGCCCGCACCUCGAGUGCUCCUUCCAGUGCCCAUGCCUGACCACCCUAUCCAGUUGUCGUCAAUGUUUCCCAGCAGCCCCUGCGCUCACCCUCAGCUCAUCUUCUGGUGCUCCCCACGGGUCUGCCUGUUACCAUCGCCUGUCGGAUCCCUCACCUCGUCAUUGAACCGCAAAGUCCCGAACUCCACCUCAGGCCGUAGACACGUUGGCUCCCCCUUGGCUCCUAGCUCCCUUCUCUUCACCAUGGCCCAUCAAUCCACCAGCUCCGCUAGGCUCCAUUGUCCCUCCAGCUCCGCCUUGGUCUAUUCGCGACCAUCCGUCUUCCACUCCUCCGGCUUCACCUCGUUUCUCCAUCCCUCCGGCUCUGUCAGGCGUCUCCAUCCCUCCGGCUCAAACUCAGUCUUCUGUCGUGCUGGCUUCGCUGCGUCCUUCUUGUUCCCUGUCUCUGCAUCAGUCAUCGGUGCCUUCGCCGUCGCCUAGGCCCUCCAGCUCUUUGGCUCUUCGCCUCCGUCUCUGUCUCCUUCACCACCUGUUCCACCACUGUCGGUUGGCCCUAUGGAGUCAACGGCCAUUCCUUCUCUAUGGCUCCAUCCGUUGGCUCCACUGUGGAUCUUCUGGGCUGUGCUCUGGAUGCCACGAAUUUCCUCCUGCUCCGAACUCCUCCUGUAUCUUCCCUGGCUCCUCCCUCUGUCUGUUCCUCCCUGGACUCUGUUUGCCAACCCCCUCCUGGGGGCCCAUCCUCCACCAGAACCUCCUCCCAAGUUCUGUUAUUCCCGUUCUAAUUUUUUUUUUCUGUUUAGGUGCGAGGAUGCACCUUCCGGGAGUGGGGGUAAUGACACAUCUUUGGAUGCUGUGUUGUUGUUUUCUUGUCCCACAUGCUCUGUAUGCCCUACUUUCAGUUAAUUGUAUCAUUGUCUUCAGGUGUGUCUCAUUAAUUUAGUAAUUUACUUGGUGUAUUUAAGUCCAGUUUGUUUCCGUUCAGUUGGUCUGAUUGCUGUCUUUAAUAUGUGUGGUUUUUGUUCUGUCUGCCUGCCUGCCUGCCUGUAGUGUUAUAAUUUGCUUCUUGGUGUAAGAUUAAAACUGUUUGUUAUAUGCUUGUCUAGCGCUCCUUCCCUCAAACUACACCGUGACAGAGUGACACAACAUACCGUGUACUUAAUGCCCACUUAAUAAGCGUGUCCCAUUACUUCUCCUGGAACCAAGAAAUUCAGAACAUGGAACAUCAAGACCCUGAUGUUGCUGAUGCAGUAAAGGCAUCAGGAGAGUCCACUCUGGAAAAGGCUACAGCAAAAGCUAAAAUAAAAUGUGACAAGUUUUUUAAUGUCUCACUUAACAUCGCUGUGACUGGAAGGACAGGAUCAGGAAAAUCCUCCUUUGUAAAUGCAAUUAGAGGUCUAAAGGAUGACGAUGAUGGAGCAGCACCUACUGGAGUUACGGAAACUACAGCAGAGGCCACCAUGUAUGAACAUCCUGAAAUGCCAAAUGUGAAAAUCUGGGACCUGCCUGGAAUAGGAAGCCCAAACUUCAAAGCAAAAAAAUAUCUAAAAGAUGUUAAGUUUGACACCUAUGAUUUCUUCAUCAUCCUUACUUCAGAGAGGUUCACAGAGAAUGACAUCAUGCUGGCUAAAGAAAUAAGAAAACAGAAGAAAAGCUUUUACUUCGUUCGUUCCAAGAUUGACAACGACAUAUCUGCUGAGAAAAGGAAAAAAGGAUUUGAUGAGCAGAAAGUUCUUUCCGUAAUAAGAGCUGAUUGUCAGAAGAACCUGAAAGACCUGGGAGACCCCAAAGUUUUCUUAAUAUCGUCUUUUGAUCUGGAGGAAUAUGAUUUUGAAUCACUUCAAGACACUCUUGAAGAUGAGCUUCCAGAACACAAGAGGUAUGCUCUUCUACAAGCCUGGCCAGUGUGUUCUGCUGCGUCUCUUCAGAAAAAGAUCAAGAUGUUUAAAGGGAUGAUCUGGGCUGUAUCUCUUGCUUCUGCUGGUGUAGCGGUUGUCCCUGUGCCUGGCCUAUCAGCAGCAUGUGACGCAGGCAUGGUCGUGUCUUUCCUCACAACAUGCUACUAUUCAUUUGGUUUGGAUGAUAGAUCACUGACAAGGCUUUCAGAGAACGUUAACAAGCCCCACUUGAGAGAUUUGGCCAAAUCUAAAUUUGUUACUGCCAUCCGAGAAAAAGCAUUGACCAGAUUGCAAGUGUCUGCUGCUCUCGCUACCAUUAGUACAGUUGAAUAUUUCUUGAGUCUCUUUCCAGUUGUUGGCAGUGCUGCUGCUGCAGGAAUAUCCUUCGGUACCACUUAUUACCUUUUGAGAGAAGGAGUAAACGAUCUGGCAAAUACAGCUCAAGAUAUCAGAAAAGAAGCUGGUCUCGCUUCUGUUCGUUGAUUUAUGUCCAACAGAGCAUGUAAAAGAUACAAGAAAGGGAAUCCACACGCCAAACAAAAUGGAAAGUACAAGAUCCUUUGAAUAAAAUUUCUUUCAAUGAAGAUUUACUUACCAAUGAUCCUGGCUGGCUUAUAGUGUCUGGGAUUGGGUCAUAAACUAAACAAAUUUAUAAUUUUAUUGACGCCCAUAUUAAAACUUUAGUAGUUCAGUUGCCAUCAUAUCUUACAGAUACUGGUGACCUUCUUGAAAUGUCACAUAAUCUAGACCUUUGAGAUGAUCUUUUAGGCAAUUCUUGAUGCUUUAGAGAUGUAGAGAAGGAGAAUUAUUAAUGUUUUUUUGACUAUAGAACAUGAAAGCAUUUUCUGUGUCACUGAGUAAUUCAGAUGAUGUGUGUUAAGAUUGUUUGCUGAUAUGGGGUUAAGAAAAAAAUAAACCAAAUGUCUGUGUUCAUAAUA